AUGCGCCACCGCAGCCCCGCGAAAAAAUCUCCGCUCCGCUCCCCAAACAACCUCAUCGCGAACCCCUCUUUAAUCCCACCCCACCAUACCCCCAACCCUCACAAUGCCGGGCUCACCCACCGCGCGCAUCAACUCUCCACCGCCCUCCAAGAAGCCCAACAAACGCUCUUCGACACUGGCGUGCUUCCUCCCACAAAGACACCCUACAAGAUCCACGUCGUAUCUACACAUAACAAUUCAGAUCAUCCUCGCACUGUCUAUGACAAUGCACGCUCGGAGAAGCAGACGCGCGGGGUGGCCUACGCGCGGGCCAGGCGUUUGCUGGGACGCGACAGCAUCGUUAUCCUCGACGGGAUGAACUACAUCAAGGGGUAUCGGUAUCAGCUUUGGUGUGAAGCUAAGGCGCUGGGGACGAGUUGCUGUGUUGUUCAUGUUGGAACGCCUAUCGACCAGUGCGUCGCGAACAACGAGGCUCGACUGCGGCGGAAAGAACAACAGGGUACUCCAGACGGCGAUAACGACACUGGAAGCCAGACUGAGACAGCCCACAACAGUACCGACGCCUCUCAAAAACAAGAGAGUCAGGAGGAUCAGAAGGAUCAAACAGCACAGGGCGAGGAAGACCCCUACCCAGCCGCCCUCCUCAACAACCUCAUCUUCCGCUACGAAGAACCAAGCACCCACAGCCGCUGGGACAAGCCCCUCUUCACAGUCCCCUGGUCGGACCCCGAACCCCCCUCAGCAGACAUCUGGACCGCCCUAACCGGCACCCCGCACCCCUCGCACACCCCAGAAGACCCCAACGACCCCCCCACCAUCUCCCCCCUAGCAGCCGCUCUAUCCAACACCCACCUUACCUCCGCAGCCAGCAUCGCACCCUCAACAACAACAACCAGAGCAGGCGGCUCCACCAACCGACUCGGCCGCCCAAAGAUCAAACCCCACCAAGCCACCGCCCUCCCCGCAGCAACAGACUCCUCCCUCCUCUACAGCUUCGAAAAGCGCACCUCCUCCAUCAUAACCGCCAUCCGCACAUUCACCCUCUCCCACCCCUCUGCCUCCGCCGCCCUCGCCCAAUCCUCCGCCUCAAAUCCAAACUACAACAACAACCAACCCUCCGGAAUCACCAUCCCCGUCCCAGACACCCCCGAAACCAUCUUCAUCCCCGCCCACAUCGCAACAGCAGGCUCCACCGACGAACUAGCCGGCGCAGGCGGCAUCCUCGCCCUCCCGCGCCUGCAGCGUCUGCGCAGACAGUGGAUCGCCAUGAACCGCGCGCACGUCGCCUCCAACUACGGGUCGAACCCGGGCGGGCUGAGCGCGGAGCAGGUUCCGGGGGCUUUUGUGCGGUUUUUGAAUGCCGAGUUGGCGGGGGAUGAUGAGUGA